AUGAAUCCAGUUGAUCGCUUCCCACUCGAUCUGUACGCACCGAUGUUUUUAUGCGACGUGAUUUGCUUCUUAAUCGUCAUCUUCGGUUAUUCUGGAUUCGGAGCUGAUGGCAGUAGUGAAGGUGGAGUUGCGUCGUAUUUUGAGGAGAACAAAGUGCCUGGAACGCUCGUCUCGAUGCUCAUCUUCCAAUUUGUGCUCAUCAUACUCGAUCGUGCGAUUUUCCUGCGCAAAUUUCUCUUCGCUAAGAUUGUUUUCCAGCUGAUUUCACAGAUAGCAUUGGUUAUAUUCGUACAUGUUUGGUUGUUCUUCUUGCUACCGGCCGCUACGGACCGGAUGUUUGUUUCGAGUUUUCCGUGUAAAUUAUUCUACUUCACCAAAGUCGUCUACUUUCUCAUAUCCGCUAAACAGAUCCAGGCUGGAUAUCCCAAGCGAAGUUUGGGAAAUAUUAUCACAAACUCCUAUACAUUGCUCAAUUGGAUCCUAUACAAAGUAUUCAUGUUGAUCCCAUUUCUGUUCGAACUUCGUGCACUGAUGGACUGGAUGUGGAUGGAUACAGCGUUGGGUGUUGGCGACUGGUUCAUGUUGAAUGAUAUCUAUUCACAUGUGUCGAUGAUCAAAUGUGAACGAAAUAUUGAAGAGGAUUAUCCAUCACCGAAAGGUGUCAAGAAACGGCCUAUACUGAAGUAUGGCUUAGGUGGUAUACUGUUAACGGCAAUUAUUCUCGUCAUUUGGUUUCCUUUGGUUAUAUUCUCGAUGGCGAACACGGUUGGUACAAGAAGUUUACCGGUGGAAUGUACUUGUAAGUUGACCAUCGCUGGAUUUGAGCCGUUAUUCAAGUCAACUGCACAAUUGAGUGAUAUUCGAGAGUUAACCUAUGAAGAGUAUGAUGCAUUCCAAUACACGUAUCGAACUAGCAAGCAAGCGCAAGCGUAUAUGGCCGACUACACUAAUUUGGAUGUUGUACAAGCGAAUAUCAACGGGAAUUCCUCGUCCCGUUGGAGUAUAUCACCACCGUCUAGGACUGCUCUCAUCCAAGAUCUUCGUGGCCAUCAACGAAUGAGUCUCAAGUUCGAAUGGUACUUCAAAAGGUGUCAACCCUCAUGUUCAGCCAAUUACUAAGCACCCGACGAGAAUCUGCAGUUCGGAACAGCAGAAGAUUUUCGAGUGAUUGACUUAGAGCCCGGCCAUUCGAUACGACUUGAUCUUGCCGCAGUGAUCGCUGGUGAAUCCAAAAAGCAGAUUCGAAUACCCAACUUGUUAAUACCGAUGGUUGAGGUGCCCGGUGAAGGCAAAUCCGAUCACGUGCAUGCAUUGCUCAGCGUUCAUCUGAAGAAUGAGGAAGAUCCGAUUGAAUCGACAUUUUAUGACGCGGUGUUACAAUUGGAUUCGAUGGACGGAAUUGAGUGGUGGAAACUUCGUAUGGUUGAUCCACAGUUCGAUCCAAUGAUCCCGAAGGAGGAAAUUAUUCUCGAUAAUGUAAUCAUAUACGCUUUCGUCGAUAAGAUUCAUUCGGACAAAAAUACCGACUUCUUCUCUAAGAGAAACAGUAUUUUUCAGGUAUUUCCGGUCACAUUCAGCAUAAUAACUGGUGGAGGCAUCCUCAGUCUUUACCUCUCAAUGGUGCUUGUUUUUGGACGUUUAAUGCGUAAUAUUGUGACCGGUUCUAUGCAG